GGAGAGAUUGAGUAGGGGACACAUCCUCAGCAAUCUAUUUUUGAGGGACGGAGGGAAGAGAUUGGAUGGGACACUCGUUCGUAGCAACCAAGUGUACAAGUUGCAUAGUUAUGGUUGCUAAGGAAGCAAGUGCUGUUAACGGGCCUGGGUAGGGGGUUUUAAAUGGAAGCCGUUACAUUUUAUAUCACUUGUGUGACGGAUGCAUUUGUUUAUAAGUUAUCCCUCCUUCCCUGUGUCGUCGAGGAUGUUGGCAGGAUAUCCGUGACAGGCGGAACUGAUAGUCUCUGGAGCUGCUACAACCGCCCAGCAUUCGGUUUAUUUCCAACAACAGAUCCAGGGAAAGGGUAUUUGAGGAAGAAUGGUGGAUAAGACGCCCCCUCCCCAGGAACUGGUAUUGGUGGCAGAUAGCGAAAGGUUUAUGAAACUAGAAAAAGCAUUUAUAUCGAAAUAUGGUGCCCCACCUGCAUUUUAUGCACGAGCUCCUGGACGAGUCAAUUUAAUUGGUGAACACAUUGAUUACUGUGGUUAUGCUGUGCUUCCAAUGGCUCUGGAACAAGAUAUCUUGGCAGCUGUCACACCAACGCAAACAAACCUCAUCCAGCUGGCAAACACUAACCCCGUAUACCUGGACUAUAGUAUUCAUGUAAAUGAGAUCCACAUUGAGACAGAUAAACCACAAUGGCAUCAAUACUUUCUCUGUGGAUUGAAAGGGAUUCAGGAACAUUUCAACAUUGUUGCCAGUGGAAUGAAUUGCGUGGUUGAUGGCACAGUCCCACCCAGUUCUGGACUGUCUAGUUCCAGUGCAUUGGUUUGCUGUGCAGGUCUCAUUACGAUGGUUGCCAAUCAGAAGGUUCUAUCAAAGGUGGAAAUUGCAGAGAUCUGUGCAAAGUGUGAGCGGUACAUUGGCACUGAAGGUGGGGGUAUGGACCAGUCGAUUUCAUUCCUCGCAGAGAAAGGAAUGGCCAAGUUGAUUGAAUUCAACCCACUUCGCACCAUCAACGUAAAACUUCCAAAAGGAGCUGUGUUUGUGAUCGCGAACAGUUGCAUAGAAAUGAAUAAAGCUGCAACAGCCCAUUACAAUAUCAGAGUUGUGGAAUGUCGACUUGCAACAAAAAUACUAGCAAAAGCAAAGGGUGUCAAGUGGGAGAAUCUUUUAAAAUUGGGAGACUUACAAACUGAACUGGGAGUCAGUCUGGAGACAAUGGUUUCAACUGUGGAGCAAAUUCUGCAUCCAGAACCUUACAGCAGAGACGAAGUUUGUGAACAUCUUGGAAUCAGUCAAGAAGAGUUAUGUAGCAACGUUCUCAGCCAGAACACACAGCAUGUGACAACAUUCAAACUUUACCAGCGUGCUAAGCAUGUUUACAGUGAAGCCAGACGAGUUCUACAGUUCAAGAGAAUUUGUGAUGAGACACCUGCCAAUGCAUUGCAGUUGUUGGGAGAACUGAUGAAUCAAAGCCAUAUCAGCUGUAGGGAUAUGUACGAGUGCAGCUGUCCAGAACUUGAUCAGCUGGUGGACAUCUGUAUACAAGCUGGUGCUAUUGGUUCACGGCUAACUGGUGCUGGAUGGGGAGGCUGUACAGUGUCAAUGGUGCCCACCAACAACUUGGAUAGCUUCCUGACAAAAGUGCAAGAAGUCUAUUACAAAGCUGAUGUUCAAAGAGCAGCUUUACACACACACAGCCUGUUUGCUACCCAGCCUGCAGGAGGAGCAACAGUUUAUCAUGAGGCCUAAAUAACUUGAAAGAUCUGUAGGAAUAAGGAGGCCAUUUUUCCCUCCUACCACCCCCGAAAAUAAGAGCUGGUCUGCUUAGUCAUUAUUACUUUGAGUAAUUAAGACACAUUUGUUCAAAAUAAAUUUGAGAUAAUCACGCAUCAUUGCUUCUUCACUAUCAGCUUGUUUAAUUUGACCUAAGACCAUCACAGAGGAUGUUUUUUUUGUGGCAAAAAACAUUUAAUUGCAGCUCAGUGUUUUACCCAACCUUUUCAAUGGUUAUGAUUGGUAAUAAGUCUUGUGAAAAUUGCAAUACACACAGAUUUUCAUGGCAUUUUAGAUGGUCCUUAUAAUCGUCAUCAAUGUCCGUCUCUGACUCUGUUUCAGUUUCUGUUGAACUUGAUUUUUGAGAUUCCUCUUUUGUUUCUUUGGCUUUAAUGAUCUAAUGGAAAUGAAGACAACAGUGAAAAAAGAAAAUUCAUGUUGCUUUAAUCUUGUGGACACUUAUAUCCCGUGUUGAACCUUCAGACUCAAAGAUUGUUUUCUCUAUGAUACAUUAGUAAUUGGCACAGCAUUGAGUGCCAAAGGGCCUGUAUUGUGCAGUACUGUUCUACGCUCUAUGUUCAAUUAAGAAACAGGUGUGCUGUGAAAGAAAGGUUGAUGUAUUCAUUAAGUAGGAGCCUGACAUAAGUGUCCUUUUUGUCCAGAUGUUCCAAGGACGAAUGUAGGGCCAGUGAGAUGGCAUCUGUCAUAGACCUUUUGCGCCGGUGGGUGAAUUGCAAUGUAUCAAAGCAAUCUAGGAGGCUGGAUUUGCUGUGAGCCAUGACUAACCUCUUGGAGCACUUCAUAAUGAUGGAUGUCAGAGCUACCGGGUCGUAGUCAUUGAGGCAUGCAUCAUGAUUUUUCUUUGGCAUUGUGAUAGUGGAGGUCCUUUGAAGCAGAUGGAGACUUCAGAUAAGAGUAAGGAGAGGUUAAAGAUGUCUGCAAAUACUCCAGGAUCUGCAAGCACAACCAGGGACUGCAUCAGGGCCAGUCGCUUUCUGUGGGUUCACCCUUAAUGCAGCUGAUCUAAUGUCUGUGGCACUGACACUGGGUACAGGUAUGUCUCGUCUGUUGGGGCAGGUGACAUUGAUUCACUGCCCUUCCGUUCAAAGCGAGUGCAGAAUGCAUUGAGCUCAUCAGGUAGGGAUGUACCACUGCCCGCGAUUCUGUUUGACUUCACUUUGUAGCCUGUUUUGUCGUGUAAGCCUUGCCACAAACAACAGGUGUCCAUGCGGUAAGUGUGGAAUUGCCUCUUGGCAUCCCAGAUGGCCUUGCAAAGGUUGCACCUGGAUUUCCUUUACAGGUCAGGGUCACCCGCCCUGAAUGCCUCAGACCUGGACUUCAGUAGAAAGUGGAUCUCCUAAUUCAUCCAUGGUUUCAAUUUGGGGAGUGUUUGGUUGAACUAUUUUGGCAUGCAGUCAUUGACAUACUUGCCAACGACAUCAGUAACGGUAGCAGCAUGCUUACUUAGGUUGGCUGCUUGAAUAUGGACCAGUCCCAGCCCUCCAGAUUCAUCAGACCAACACUGUACUACUUCCUGUACUGGGUCCCCACGCUUCAGUUUCUGUAUGUAAGCUGGGAGGAGGAGUAUAGUGUUGUGGUCUGAUGUUCCAAAAUGCAGAUGGACCGAUAGGCAUCUUUGAUGCUUGUGUAGCAAUUGUCAAAGAUGGUUGGAGCUCUGGUGGGACAGGAGACAUAUUUGGUAUUUCAGUAGCACAUUUUGAGGGUAGCCUGGUAGAAGUCACUGGCUAUGAUGGAGAAGGCUUGGGAGUCUUCUGUCUCUAGGUUGUAGCAUACUUCAUCAAGUGCAAGGGGUUGGAUGUAGACCACUAUCAGGAUAGUGGAGGUGGAUUCGUGUAGCAGGUAGUAUGGAUAGUAUUUCACUGUUAAAUAUUCUAAGUCUGGGGAGCAGUGACUCACUAGGGUCAUCACAUCUGAGCACCCGGUGAUGUUGUUUAGGAGGCUGACCCCAAUGCCCCAUGACUUGCCCGAGGACACCAAGCAGUCCAAUCAGUGGAUUGAGAAGCCCUCAGGUUGUAAGGCACAGUCAGGUGCAGCAGGGGUGAGCCAUGUCUCUGUUAAACAGAGCACACUGCAGUCCCUCAAUUCUCUUUGGAAGGUGAGUCUAGCUUUAAGGUUGUCCAUCUUGUUUUCAAUGGUUUGGAUGUUUGUCAGGAGUAUGCUGGGUAGGGGAGGGUUUGAAAUCUCAGAGUUUCAGUCUCACCUGAAGUCCAGUGUGUUCUCACGUUUCCUGGGUAAAUGGCUGCUCCUAGAUCAAGAGUUUUUGUUUGCAAGAUAAUUAGCUUGAAACGUAUAGACUAAUACAGAGCUAAAAGGAAAAAGAUUGGACUUUAAAUGGACAGGAUAGAUGGUUGAAAAAUGCACAUGAAUUUAUAUAGUCAUUUUUACUUUUGUCUGAGUAACUUUUGACCUUCACUCCAACAUUUUUUGAUCUUAUACAGUUUGUUCAUUAAUGAAAAAAGUAUCAGUAAUUUGAAAAAUGCAUAUUCUGUCUGGGUCUUGGGCCUACUUUAAAACUGUUUGUAAAGACAAAUUUCGGUACAUUCUUCAAUAGUAAAUCAUUUGAAAAUAAAAUUCU